AACACUAGUAUAGUAUUAGUUUCUCUAAGAGGCUGAGAACAAUGGCUCUUAGAUGGCUUCUCCACUCAGCUUGCCAUGUUUUUGGGUACCCAAUGAACAACACAGAAGAGCAGUGUAAGCAGAUUCAGAUUGCAUGUUACCAAAAUGGAGAGGCCAAGAGCUUGAAAGGGUCUUCUUCAAAUGAGGUUGCAAAUGAGUACCCUUCUUCUGGGUUUCAAAUGCCACUUCACUAUCCACGCUACACCAAACCGGAUUAUGAGAGCAUGGAGGAGUGGAAGGUGAACUUGCUUCUUAUGCAAUAUGGACUAAGUUUCAAGGGUACCCUUGAUGAGAAGAGAGCUUUUGCAAUGGGAACAUUCUUGUGGCCCGAUCAAUAUUGA